CACGUCCUGUCCACAGAUACUGUCAUGGCGGUUUUACAUAUUGCAUAGAAAAAUAAGAUAAUUUCAUAUCAGAUACGAAAAGGCGGAUAACUUAGUAAUCUGUGCUUUUAUUUAAAUCCUAAAAUAAAAAUGUUCUUUUGCUCAUUCGUUAGCAUACAUUAUAUUAUCUGUGAAUGUGGAGAUACUUUUCCAACUGAAGACGCUUUAAAAGAACAUUUAGAAAACGAGCAUAAUCAGAAAUUAGAAGUGGAGAGACAUGAAGAAUUCUCCUGCGCAACAUGCGACAAGGUCUUCCCAACGGAGAAGGCCUGCGUCAUCCAUCAGCGUGUCCACACCCUGCCGAUACGAGAAAGGGAGGAGAAUGACGAAGUUUUCUGGAAGCAACAAAUGAGGAAGGAGAGAGAUGAAGUGAGGCGGGAGAGGGAAUUAGUGAAGAGAGAUAGAGAAGUGAGACGGGAACGGGAGAAGCGACAGAAGACAAAAAAUGUGAAGGAUUAUUUUAACUCGAAGAAUGUUGUUUGUGAAGUUUGUGGGAAAAGAUAUGCGUCUAACGCAGCUCUCCGCUAUCAUCAGCGAGUACACACCGGAGAGAGGCCCUAUCAUUGUACGGAGUGCCCUAAAACAUUCACAAUGCCGUUGUUCCUACAGAUUCACUUGCGCACACACACAGGGGAGAGACCUUACAAAUGUACGAGUUGUCCAAAAGCUUUCAGCAACAAGGCAGCUCUACUUAGACAUGAUCGAGUACAUACAGGAAUAAAACCAUACAUGUGUCCGCAUUGUAAGAAAACAUUUACACAAUCGAAUUCGAUGAAGUUACAUGUGAAAACUGUACAUUUGAAAAUGCCAGCUCCAUACAAAAGUAAGAAUAGAAGGAAUAAACCCAGAGAUAUGAAAUUAAUGAAACCAGAAGAUUUAGAUAUUUACCAGCAGGAGAUAAAAAUAGAAUUACAGCCGGAAAUAAAAGCGGAAAUUAUCGAAUAUCAAGAAGGUGACGUUUUAGUUGAAAAUCAAGAACAAAUUGGUGCACAGUUUUAUUUCCAAGAUGGGGAGGUUUUUCAUGAGGUUUUUCAAGAUAAUUUGUACCAUGAAGAAAUUGUGGAGAACCCAGAAGCUAAUUUAUAUAAAUUGGAGAAACCACAAGAAUUGUAUGAAGAAGUUUAUGAAGUGGAAUUGUAAAUAAGUUUGGAUGGAUGGAUGGACGUUUAUAAUACUUAAUUCCUCAUUGACGGUCGCGUAAGCUAAUCUGUUGUAAUAAUGUGGUAACAUUCGCCGAUUAGGCGAAAGAACCCAUAGAUGUUCGUAAAAGAGAUGCAUAUAAAUUUUUCCCCUUAUAUGUCUACCAAAGAGAUUCAAAUAUGUAUAGAGUUGGCAUAGUUGAAACAUUUUUCAUGCUAAAUUUAUAGGUUUUCAAUAU